AUAAAUCCUACCUGGACAUUCCAGUCGUCAAAAAGUCCAUGUAACGCAAAACUUUCGACUAGUUGCACUUCAUAUACUUGUUCAGUAUUGCAAUAUUAUCUGCACAUCUAAUUUUGCAAACACGAAUCUCACGAAUCGUGUCUGGUUUAUGUUUCAUUCACUUGAUCUGUAUGAGACUUGUUUCGUCUCAUCUUGUUCCAUUUCUGUCUACCAACCACCUUGAUUUUCCGAUCGUAACCUUAAAUUCGUUCUAAAAAGUGUUUUUGUUUACAAAAUUUUCACAAUCUUAACUUUAGUUUCCCACAAGUAGUGACUGUGACUGUGACUGGGUGACCAUGUCCACCUCGGGAAUAAUAAGUAAUCGGAUCCACCACGGUUUCGGAUUUAUCCCGUGUACUUCCCCCGACCAGGAAAAUUGUCCUCCUUCCCCCAUUUCCGGUCCGUGGGAACCUAAAGGGUUAACCACUCUUUUGAAGGAAACUCCCCUCCCGAUCUUGACCUUUGGUGAAAAUCUAUUUCAAAAAUGUGAUGGUGGUUUGGUCAGCUAUUCCGCGUACAAAUGUGACGUCAAAAUGACCGUAAGGUCCCUGCCCAAUCAAGUCACAAAAUGUGGCCACGAUUUGACCCGUCUUGUGCAAAAAUGGGUUCAAAGUAGGGAAAAGGAGUUGUUACGAUGUGAAAAUAAAUCUGCUGUAGUUGUUCCAAUCAUCUGUUCCGACAAAGCAGUCCGAUACGCACGGACGGGAGAACAAUUUUUCAAUAAGAAGCAUAAGUAUGGUUAUGCAAUCAAAGUUAGGCUUAUCAAUGCUGAUGCUGAUAAUAACCCAAAGUCUACUAAGUAUUAUAACUGGACCGUUUGGAAAGGGACGUCAUCGUCGGACAAUGAGGGAGCAAUGUUCGAAACUUAUAUGUGCAAAGACUUUUACAUGAAGCGUGCCACACUGGAGAAGAAUUUCCAUUUCUUUUCGAUCACGUCGUUCGAUUCGAUCGUCCUCGGGAGGAACGUAAUCUACAGAUUUUUCUGCAUUGGAGAAAUCGAUGGGGUUCAGAUAAAUCAGGAUAACUAUGACGCUGUGGAAAUUAAAAGUUCGUCUGCCACGAUCGAGAAUUUCAAUCGUCGAAAACUUUCCCAAUAUUACGCGAAAUGUGCAGUCAGCCAAGUACCAAAGCUUGUGAUUGGGAUGCGAUCCAUUUCAUCGCCAAUGCCACAACCAGCCUCCGUCGCCGGCGAACAAAUUCUCAACGGCAAUCCACCCUCACAUGACAUCGACACAACCUCUACGGUCGUAAACUACCAAGAAAUCCGUCUCUAUGACCUUAAAAAUUGUCCCACUAAUAUGCUAGACCUACAAGAAAGCAACUUGAUCAAAGCGAUUAAUCUUUUUCACGUAAAUCGGAGGGAAAUUUAUCCCAAUCAGGAAAAGUUUUUGAACGGAUUUGUCGAAAAAUCUGGAAUUGUGGACGCCUACUUUGCCGAAACACCGCGGAUAAGCCAGUAACUUAAUUUCAUAAAGUUUUUCUAUGUUUUGAUUAUCAUCAUUAAAUGACUGAUUAGUAAUGUAAGUAAUAAUUAUUUUUUGUACAAAAUGCAUAUGUACUUGUUUUUCAGUCGAGACUUGCAAUUCUUUGUGAAACUUUGUUAAAAAUUAAAACACUAAAACAAUGUACUUACAAUUAGAUAAUUCAGAUAAAAUACUUGGAUGAACUGUUAAUCAAUUUUGUUAAUUAACAAUAAAUAAAAAUUUACGAAAAAAA